UCAGUCAGGUGGAAAGCCUGCUAGAUUUUGCCACGUCUAGGUCAACGUGUUUAGUCUAGUUUAAAAGUUACUGCAGGGAUUAUUUAGAUUAUUUCCCAUUCAUAGUUCACAACCACAAGCAACACAAUCUACCUGUAUACUUUUCUUGAUUCAAACAUGGAAGGGAUCCUUUAUAUUUUGAUGUGUGCACUCCUUGUAAACAGCUGUAUUUGUGCAGCUACCACCGCAAGAGAGAAUCGGCCGAAACCACAUGAAGAUAUCUCCUUAUCGGAAAAAGAGCACGAAGUAGAUGGUGAGCAUAGCUCAGAGUACGACCACGAGGCCUUCCUAGGAGACAUGAAAGAUGAAUACGAUGACCUGCCCCAGGAGGAAGCCAUAAGACGUCUAAAAGUUUUGGUCAAGAAAGUAGAUGCCGAUAAGGACGGAUUUGUCACGGAAGAAGAGCUGACAAAAUGGGUGAGAGAUGUGUUCAGCAAACGUCUGCUGGAGGGAGUGGACGAAGAUUUGAAGUCAAAAGACACGGACGGGAAUGGCAAAUUAACCUGGGAUGAGUACACAAAGGCGACCUACGGCCCGGAGGAAAUGGAAGAUGAUGCCGAUGAAGAAACAAAGAAGUUGUUGAACACGGACAAGAGGCGAUUCGAUACAGCUGAUAAAGACAAAGACGGAGCCCUCACCAAGGAAGAGUUUGUUCACUUCAUGCAUCCAGAAUCAUCCUCAGAGAUGGGCGAUAUUCAUGUUCUGGAGACUAUUGAAGAUAUUGAUCGUGACAAGGACGGUUUUGUCAGCAUGAAGGAAUUUUUGGGAGAUUUCGAAGAUCCUGAUGACAAGGAAGCCGAUGAACCUGAGUGGGUGAAGGAAGAAACCAAAAGGUUCAAUGAGGAAUAUGACAAAAAUCAUGAUGGCAAACUUGAUAAAGACGAGGUGAGGCAAUGGAUUCUUCCUGAAACUGAUCACAUGAUGGCGCUAGAGGAGUCAAAGCAUCUGAUUCAAAGUGCUGAUGAAAACAAGGAUGGAAAACUCAGUGAGGAGGAAAUUGCUCAACACCAUGAUGUUUUCGUUGGCAGUGAGGCUACAGACUAUGGCCGUGCCUUACCAAAACAUGAAGAACUUUAAGUGCUCUGGUUCAUUUUUGGUAUUUUUAGAUUAAACCUUAUGGCAUUUUUGUCCAAAUUGGCUUUAUUGCAAACAGCUAAGUCUUAAUGAAGAAGCCCUUUAAGUAAAGACAUGUUAGAAAAUAUAUUAGUUCAAAGGACCUUUCCACUUUUAUUGCACCUGUCAUAAGUUUCAAUUUCUGUAACUGCAUUAAAUUAUAUUGCAGGAUUUGUUGGUUGUGGCCUUGCAGUUGUUUGAAUGUUUUGCUUUUUUUGUUCUUAUUUAUAUCUUUUGUUUAGAGUAAUGUAGAAACCUUGUAUCUCAUUGAGCAGUUUGUACUCUUUGCUAGAAACAAUUGACUACUUUUGACAGUUUCUAAAUUUGUUGCAAUAUGUUUUUAACACAUGAAAUGAAAAUCCCAUUUUGGCAGAAGUGAUUUUGGGGCUAACUAUAACAUUGAAAAGGAGAUGAUUAUUAAAAUUCUUUCUAAAGAUUUAA